AUGAGCAUAAAUAUCUCAAAGAAAUCCAACGAUUAUCCUCAAGCUCCAACUCCCCAAAAUACUCCUGCCUCAAAUGCUGGCUCGUAUUUUUUAAAUAAUAAUCAUAAACUAAAUUUAAAACAACUACCAAAUACCAUCAACGAGGAAUCCCAAACUGACUUGCAAGAUUUAAAUAACAAUAUUAAAAAACUAUCAAUAACAACCAACCCUACCUUAUUAUCCAUGAUUGAAAAUAAAUUAUCGACUUUGGUUGGUAAAGACAGUGGUUACUUGGACACUUUAACCCCAAAGAUUAAAAAACGAAUCAUCGCUUUGAAAUACAUCCAAAAACAACAAAUGGAUUUAGAAGCUAACUUUCAACAUGAACUAUUUGAAUUGGAGAAAAAAUAUAAUUUGAAAUAUAAACCAAUUUUUGACCAUAGAAAUCAAAUUAUUAACGGUUUAGUUGAACCAACUAAAGAAGAAGUUGAAAACGGUAAAUUAAUUGAAAAAGCUCUUCAAGAAAAUGACCUCGACGAUCUUGACGAUCUUGACGAUCUUGAUAACGAUUUCGAAGCUGUUGCUGGUAAUGAUGAUGACAUUGAUAAUGAAAUUAGAGGUAUUCCAAACUUUUGGUUAACAGCUUUGGAAAACUUGCAUCCAAUUUCUGACACAAUUUCUGAAAGAGAUACUGAAGUUUUACAAUACUUGGUUGAUAUUAGAAUGGAACAUUUGGAAACUCCAGGUUUCAAAUUAAUCUUUGAAUUUGAGAAAAAUGAAUUUUUCUCCGAUACGCUCUUAACUAAAACUUAUUAUUAUCAAAAGGAAUUGGGUUACACUGGUGAAUUUAUUUAUGAUCAUGCAAAGGGUUGUGACAUAAAUUGGACCACCCCAGAAAACAACGUAACAGUAUUAAUUGAAAGAAGAAAACAAAGAAAUAAAUACACCAAGCAAACCAGAACAAUCGAAAAAAUAACUCCUUGUGAUUCCUUUUUCAAUUUUUUUGAUCCACCAAAGCCUCCUCACUAUAACGAAAACAAUGCUGAUGACGAUGAAAAUGGAAUUAAAGAUAAAGCCGCCAUAAAUAAUGACUUGGAUGACGAUACUGAAAAACAAGAAGAAGAAGACGAGGAAUUGGAAUCAAGAUUAGAAUUAGACUACCAAUUAGCAGAAGACAUUAAAGACAAGUUGAUUCCAAGAGCUAUUGACUGGUUCACUGGAACUGCUAUUGAAUAUGACUUGGACAACCAAUUAGAUGAUGAUUCGGCUGAAGAUGAAUUUGAUUCAGAUGAAGAAUCUGAUGCUGAUGAUGACGAUGAGGACGCUGAUGAUGAUGAUAAACCAUCCAAACAAGAACCUCCUGAAUGUAAACAAACUUGA